AGCGUAGCGUCAGACGUUCCCUCGUCAUUACGUCAAAAUUGCACCCCGGCGCUUUACAGCUGGCGAAACCAUCCGCAUACACCUUUAAUGCUAGACUACAACGAGCAGCAGAAUCAAACUAUAGACAGCAGCAUCUUGAGAGUCUAGCCGCUAGCCUCUCUGGCUGUGUUCUUGUAAGUUACCUGUUAGCGCAAAACAAUGUCGGCCUCACAAGGAAGCACAAACACGAACACGGAACCAUGGGGUAGUUUUGAUGAUAACGUUAUCCAGGGCAGCGGUUCAGCAGUGAUAGACAUGGAGAAUAUGGAUGACACCUCUGGUUCCAGCUUUGAGGAUAUGGGGGAGAUCCAUCAGCGUGAGGAGGAGGAGGAGGAGGUGACAGCCGAGGCAGCAGCUACGGAGGAGGACAACGGAGAAUAUGGAGAGUUCCUCGGGAUGAAGGGCUUGAAGGGACAGUUGGGCAGACAGGUUGCCGAUGAGGUAUGGCAGGCGGGAAAAAGACAGGCCUCAAAAGCAUUUAAUCUCUACGCCAAUAUUGACAUUCUCCGGCCGUACUUUGAUGUGGAGCCUAAUCAAGUCAGAAACAGGUUGGUCGAAUCCUUGAUCCCAGUCCGAAUGAUCAACUUUCCACAGAAAGUUGCUGGAGAGCUGUAUGGACCAAUGAUGCUGGUGUUCACGAUGGUGGCUAUUCUGCUCCAUGGCAUGAAGACCUCAGGAACUGUCAUUAGAGAGGGUACGCUGAUGGGAACUGCCAUUGGAACCUGUUUUGGAUACUGGUUGGGAGUGUCCUCCUUCAUCUAUUUCCUUGCUUACCUGUGCAAUGCUCAGAUUACCAUGCUGCAGAUGUUGUCUUUGCUAGGUUACGGUCUCUUUAGCCACUGUAUGGUCCUUUUCAUCACUUACAAUGUGCACUUCCACUCGCUCUUCUACAUUCUCUGGCUGGUGAUCGGAGGACUCUCUACUAUACGCAUGGUGGCUGUGCUGAUUUCCCGUACUGUUGGUCAGACUCCUCGCCUCAUCUUGUGUGGAACCCUGGCUGCUCUUCACAUGCUCUUUCUGCUCUACCUGCACUUUGCUUACCAUAAGAUGGUCGAAGGUAUUCUGGAUACCUUGGAAGGACCCAACAUCCCACCCAUCCAGAGAGUGGCCAGAGAUGUUCCUGUUGUUGCAAAUGCUGUUGUAAAUGCCACCAUCAAGUCAAUAGCUGCAGUUGUACAGUCACAGUGAUUAUAUAUGUGUCUUCUGGGAUUGCUCACACAGUCCAGUGAGGCUGGUGUACAUAUGUAGAGUCAGGGGGCAGUCUCUGUUGAGCACCUUGGGCCUGAGCUCAGUUUGUCUCAUCUCAUAUGUUGUUCCUGACGCGGUCAUACAGACCUGAAAGGAUGUUCUUGGGGCGAGACGACUUCACUUAAUUUUGGCUCAUGUUAUUAUGAGACACACACUAUCCCAUUCACUCUACACUUGUCUUAAUUAUUUUUUGCUAAGGGUUACAGUACCCAUGAUGUGCUAAUAUUAGAAUGGUUUAUUCAGAAUAUGUAUGGAUUCCUUAAGGAUGCUGAUACUACUAAUUAUUCUUCAAAAACCCUGUUGACAUUAAAUGCAGCUGGAUGUUUGCGCUCUGUGAGAGUUCACUGAUUGUCCUCACAAACUGUCUCCGUAACUGAGUGGCAUCACACAAUGCUUCUGUUUUUAGAUCCUGUUGCAUAAUUCUUUUUUUUUUAAAGAUAUUUUCACAGUUGCAAAGGAAGUCUUUAUCAAGAUUUGAUAGAGAAAUCUUGAUCGGAAGGUGAAGUGCAUCGAAAUACAGAAAUGCAAUGAUAUUUUAUUUGAAGAUGAGAAAGAUUAUGAUGCAUGCAAUCUUUUUUUCUUAAACAAUAUUUAACCAGCCAUUGUGGUGCAGUCUGUUUCCUGCUAUUUAAAGCUAUGGUUGGGGGUGAGGGUUUCCUGCUCUCUCAUUAUGUUGUCUUUUACAUGUGAGCUUCUUAUUUAAAGGCUUCUUGUAAAGAGAAAAUAAAGAAACGCUGUUGUCCUUA